UUAAAAGUGGGUCCUAAUAAGCACCGCCCCCCUGCUCAUAUCCGGUGUGACACAUCCGGUGAAACACCGGGGCGCUAAUCGUAGUGUGUGUUCAGGUGUGACCAGAAAAGACACUUAUCAUGGACAUCCGGCCAAAUCACACGAUUUACAUCAAUAACAUCAAUGACAAGGUGAAGAAGGAAGAGCUGAAGCGUUCUCUCUACGCGCUCUUCUCCCAGUUUGGUCAGAUCGUUGAUAUCGUAGCCAUGAAGACGGAGAAGAUGAGGGGUCAGGCCUUCGUCAUUUUCAAAGAGCUCACCGCUGCCACCAACGCCUUGAGGCAACUACAGGGCUUCCCCUUCUAUAACAAACCCAUGAGGAUCCAGUACGCUAAGACCGACUCGGAGGUCAUCUCCAAGAUGAAGGGCACGUUUAGUGACAAGGAGAAAAAGAAGGAGAAGAAGAAGAAGGCUCAGGAGCAGGCGGCAAAUGCCGCUAAGAAACCAUCGGCGGUUUCAGUUGUGCCUGUCCAGACACCUGCUGCUCAGGUUCCAGACAAUCCCCCGAACCACAUCCUGUUCCUCACCAACCUUCCAGAGGAGACCAAUGAGAUGAUGCUCUCCAUGCUCUUUAACCAGUUUCCUGGCUUUAAGGAGGUUCGACUCGUCCCGGGAAAACACGACAUUUCCUUUGUGGAGUUUGAGAGCGACAGUCAGGCGGGCAUAGCCAAGGAUGCCCUGCAAGGCUUCCGGAUCACGGCCACCUGCGCCAUGAAGAUCACUUACGCCAAGAAGUAGUCCCAGUUCUGAUCUGAGACGGAACACAGACUCUGGGGGGGGGGGGGGGGGCUGUUUUUUUAACCCACUUUUUUGUGGUUUUUGUUUUAUUUUGUAGUGUAAUUCACGAGGAAACCGUCUGGAUGUUUCAUUUUGUAAAAUAAAAGCUUAAAAUCUGA